CAGAAGAACAAUGAGUCAUGGUUGGCGGCAUGGAGCUAGAUCGAAUGCGCUACGGUCGCCAGUAGGUCGGUCGGAACCGCUGGUGCGUCGUGGGUGCUACACACUCGCGAUUAGCUAAUAUGUACUAGAAUUAAGUAACGCAUUAGUGCAAAUAGUUUUAAUUUAAAAGCUGAAUUAAAUAGUGAUGUGAAACUGAAACAAUAAGUGCUAUUAUUAUCGCUCAAAUUUUUAUACUAUUAAAAACGAAGAAUUUUAAGCGCCUUGAAAAGUUAAAUUAACUAAAAUAGAUUACAUGUUUUCAUCGUAGUUUUCCUUGGAAUUAUAUUACUUAAGAAUAAUGUCUCGCAGAAGAUUACUGAUUGGAGGCGCGGCGGGCGUCGCGGGCGCCGCUCUCACCGCGUGGGCGGUGGCUGCCGAUGAUUCACCGGCGGAAUGGUACAAAGCAGCAAGAGUAUCAGCAAAGACAGAGCGCAAGAAGCGGCCUCUGCCGACACGCGACCACCAGGUGUCGUCCUUACAAGCUGGUCACACGUACGACAUCCUCAUCAUAGGAGGUGGCGCUACUGGUGUGGGAUGUGCCCUAGAUGCCUGCACAAGAGGUCUUCGAACAGCCCUGGUGGAGGCAGACGACUUCGCCAGCGGCACAUCCAGUCGCAGCACCAAGCUCAUCCACGGAGGAGUCAGAUACCUUCAGAAGGCGAUCAUGCAGCUCGACUACGAUCAGUACAAGAUGGUGAAAGAAGCCUUGCAUGAGAGAGCCAAUAUGUUAGAGGUGGCACCACAUCUGACAAGACCUCUGCCUAUAUUGUUGCCUGUUUAUAAAUGGUGGCAAGUCCCGUACUACUGGUUCGGUAUCAAGAUGUACGACGUGGUGGCUGGAGACAGGAAUGUGAAGAGCUCGUACUAUUUGUCUAAGAAGAAUACCCUGGAGUUGUUCCCUAUGUUGAAAUCCGACAACCUGUGCGGUGGCAUCGUGUAUUAUGAUGGUCAACAAGACGAUGCGCGUAUGAACUUAGCCAUAGCACUAACGGCGGCGCGGCACGGCGCCACCAUCGCCAACCACGUCAGCGUCACCAAGCUGUACAAGACGGCUGGCAAGCUCAGCGGGGCUAGGCUAAAGGACGAGUUAACCGGAAAGGAAUGGGACAUAAAGGCGAAGUGCAUCAUCAACGCGACCGGCCCCUUCACCGACAGCAUCCGUAAAAUGGACGACCCCUCCGUUAAGAAUAUCUGCUGUCCGUCUUCUGGAGUACAUAUCGUUUUGCCUGGAUAUUACAGUCCAGAACACAUGGGUCUCCUCGACCCCGCCACAUCAGACGGCCGUGUAAUCUUCUUCCUACCCUGGCUGAAGGGAACCAUCGCUGGCACCACCGACUUGCCCUGCAACGUCACGCACAACCCCAAACCCACUGAGGACGAGAUCCUCUUCAUCCUGACUGAAGUCAAGAACUAUUUGAAUCCUGAUGUUGAAGUCCGUCGCGGCGACGUCCUGUCCGCAUGGUCGGGUAUCCGGCCGCUAGUGUCGGACCCCAACAAGCCCGACACGCAGUCGCUCGCGCGCAACCACAUCGUGCACGUGUCGCCCGCCGGCCUCGUCACCAUCGCCGGCGGCAAGUGGACCACAUACAGAGCCAUGGCUGCUGAGACUAUUGACGCUGCUAUUGAAAGCGCCAACCUAAAGCCGCUGUACAAGGAAUGCCAGACCGACGGGUUCUUAAUAGAGGGUGCUCAUGGAUGGACACCCACUAUGUACAUUAGAUUAGUGCAGGACUUCGGAUUGGAGAUGGAAGUAGCACAACAUUUAGCCAAGUCAUACGGUGACCGAGCGUUCGCCGUCGCCAAGAUGGCGGCCAUGACCGGCAAGAGAUGGCCCAUCAUCGGCAAGAAGGUGCACCCUGAGUUCCCAUACAUCGAUGCUGAGAUCAGAUACGGUUGUCGCGAGUACGCGCGUACGGCGGUAGACAUGAUAGCGCGGCGCCUGCGCCUCGCCUUCCUCAACGUGCAGGCGGCGGCCGAGGCGCUGCCCAUCAUUGUCGACAUCAUGGCCGAAGAGCUUAACUGGAGCGAUGCUGAGAAGAAGAAACAAAUCAAAGAAGCGAACGAGUUCCUAGCCAACGAGAUGGGCCAGAUGGUGAACCGCGCCAGUCGCGACAAGAUCCCCAUCAACCUCAGCAAGGACGAGAUACAGACAUACAUCAAACGCUUCCAGAUCAUCGACAAGGAUAGGAAGGGCUUCGUCUCCAUCAAUGAUAUUAGGAGGAGUCUUAAGAGUAUGGGACUGAAGCCUAGCGACGCAGAAAUAAGCGCCAUUUUGUCCGAGAUUGACGUCACGUAUAACGGACAGUUGGAGUUGCAAGACUACCUACAGAUGAUGUCAGCCAUCAAGUCCGGCCACGUGGCGUACUCCCGGUUCGCGCGCAUGGCGGAGAUGGAGGAGGAACAUCACGAGCAGGAGAUGCUCAAGAAACAGAUCUCCGUCGAGAGGAGCGGCGGUGGAUUGUAGACGUCAUUUUAUAUGGUACCGAAAUCAUCGCAACAAAGUAGGCGCUAAGCAAGACACAAGUAUUAUUUCUCAAAUCUUAACUUUCAUUGUUACAAAUUUUAAUACUACCAAUCAAAUUAUAUCAAAAUAAGUACGUCCAAUAUAUUUAUUGUUGAAGACAAACUAUGUGAAGGAAGAAUGAAAGAUGAUUGUUUUGAAUCACUUUAUAUUAUUUGGUUUAAAGAAAAAUACCUGUUACUACAUUUUGUUGUUCCCUAAUUUUAAGAUAAAUGGAUUUGAUAUGUGAUUGUUAUAAUUUUAAGAUGAGAUUUAUUUAUUCGAUUCUUUUUAUUACUAUACAAAGUUCAACUAUACCGUCGGAUUGCGAUUUUUAUUAUUUGUUACAAUUUAUUGUAUUUAGCACUUUAUUGUAUGCGUUGAGCUCUAGCAUGCAUUGCGAAUGAAUCAGACCUAGUCAAUGGAAAAUUAUAGCCCUCGUCUAUGGAACUAUAUAUACGUAUGUAUUGCCGAAACGCAACAUUUUGCCUUCCACUUUGUACAGGGGCAUAAAAUAGCUUGAUAAUUGCAGGCCGUCUCUACACUAUUUGCCAUAAAAAACGAAACUACAUUUCUAUUUCAAGCAACAAGUUUUCCAAAAUUAUUUUGUAUAUCGCUAGAGCUUGGCGACCACAAGCGUUACACUUGUUAUGCCUGGGCUUCAUUUUCGCAAACUAUUUGUUGGUAAAACCUUCAGAUACGGAAUCUCCGAAGUGUGGGCCAGAUAUUAGAUAAUAUAAUACACAACAUUUAUAAUGCAUAGCACUGUUUCUAUCGAACGAUAGCUAUUUACAGUGUAUUUUAAAGUUCUUGAUGUGUUUAUUGUGCAAAUAUAUUGAUUUUGAAUCACU